AACCCACCGUGUCUGAUCCAUCAAACACCUUCGAAUUGAGGUACAUUGCACCCGAAUUCCUCGCAGAUGCGGGAGCCUCGAGAUCGAGUAAAGCUGGAGAUAUUUAUUCAUUUGGCUGUCUCAUGAUCCAGGCGUUGUCUGGGGAGAUUCCUUACUGUUGGAUUCGCGAUGCAAGCGAAGUUCUUCCAGAAAGAGUCAAAGGCGCAGAACCCUUCCACAUGCUACAGGAGAUCGAUGAAAUCCAUUUAACUUUUGGGCAACAAUGUCUGUCAAUUGACAGCAAGGCUCGUCCGUCAAUUGAGGAUGUUUUUUGCUUUUUCGUAGUCCAAAGCGUUGGUGCUGCUGACUUGACAAAUUCUAUCACCCGGACAAAUGAUUAUGCCACGAACUUCAGGGGAUAUGCGGACGUUCACAGGUGCCAGCUUGUCUUCGACUCGACGACCGCGUUCGUGAAACAGGCUGUUUCCCAUUCCCAGAUCCCUCUUGAAUGCGUUGAUGUCACAGUCAAGGUAUUCAGGCCGACAGGAGGGAUCGAGAUACCCAAAUUGAUCAAUCGAGUUUUUCGGGAGAUCAAAAUAUCAUCGAUCCUAAAUCAUGAAAACAUUGUACCUCUCUGGGGGGUUGCACGUCGAUUCGGGGUUCUCCCCGCCCUGGUUUCACCGUGGUUAAAGGCUGGCACCCUGACAGAUUAUCUGACGAAAAAGCAUGAAGAACUUUCCUGUGGCCAAAAGUUUGCACUGGUGCAAUGACAUUGUCGCCCCACAAUAAUAAUGUACUUAAGACGCUUUAGCUUAAGGGUGUAGCUCGUGGCCUUCAGUAUCUCCAUUCGCAGUUGAUUGUCCAUGGAGACUUGAGUGGC